AAUGCAUGCACAGUAAGUCUGGUGUUUUGAAGAAAAAGUGAAUAUCCAUUAAAAAUGUGUUCUUUAUGAUUGAAGGGUGAAUGGAGGCAACACAGCUGAUCGAUGACUCAAUAUUGGAAGAGUCAGAGGAGGAGGAUGGAGAGAUGCGAAAAGAGAAGCGAGGAGAGCCACUGGCAAAACUCAGGGUGUUAAAAAAUGAACACAUCUCAGAGACUGAGUUGCCUCUCUACCAGGGAGAGAAUGUGUUGGGUCGAAACCCAAACUCCUGCUCCCUUCCCCUCAUGGCACCUUCUGUAUCCAAGCAACACACCGUCAUCUCCAUCUCAAUGUUUCGCGGCAACCGUUGUCGUGGCAAAGUUGCCGGCAUGGAGACAGAGGCUUUAGUGUGGGACCUGGGCAGCAUGAAUGGGACAAGGAAGGGCCGGACCAAACUGACCCCUCACGUCCGCUACGCUCUGACUGAUGGAGAGUGUGUGGUAAUAGCUGACAUCCCCUGCCAGUAUGUCUCUGUGGACCAGAGGGGGGGACAGGGGCACAUGCAGAACCUGACCAACGCACACUCUGGAAGGGGAAGGAGGACAGGGCCAGACAGGAAGGCCCAGUUCAGAGGAAGCCCUAGCGGCCAAGGUCUGGGACGAGAGACUGGCACACCGAAGACUGAGAGACCGACUGAGGGUAGAGGAGUCAAUGGAGAGAUGGGGGCACCAUUGUCGACUGAGCUGGGUGGAAAAGGUAAAACUCGGGCCAUACACCUGUCGUUGGAACAAACCCCCACAAAGCCUGAGAGGACACUGGUGCCUGAAUCUGAGUCUGACUCCGACGGAGAUCGAGAGGGACGGAGAGACAAACGGGGAAAGUACUUUGUCUCUGAUUCUGACUCCCAUGUGUCCAGUCCCACCUGUUCUACAUUCCUCAGUCCUACAAACAAAGUCAUUCCAGAGGGUGAGGACGACAAACCCAUCACUCCCUCUGCUAAAAACAGACCCAAUAAAGUAGUGAGCGUCAGUGAGGAGGAGGGCGACAUGGAUGGACCGAGACAGCAGCCCAGGAGAAGAAGAGCACAAGUGAUAGUGGACGACAGCGAAGAAGAGGAGGAGGGGAAGGAAGGCACAGAGGCACUAGGAGAGAAGGGACCUGGGAAAAGGACAAGAGGAAAAGAGGAUGUGUCAGUGGUGAACCAGGUCAGUCAAGCUGAGAGAGAUGCACCAAUGGUGUCUACAGAGGACACGUUUAACAUGGACAGUGACACAGACGUAGAGGGAGAGGAGGAGAUGGGGCUGUCUGCACCUGUAAAAAGUGUUAAGCCACCAGCCGCAACAGAACCUCCUACUACAGACUCUGACCCAGGCCAGAUCCACAUGGACAGUGAUACUGAUGUGGAGGAAGGAGAUACUAUGGACGUUGACGCUAAGUUAAUGCUAACUGCAGCCGAUGUGGAGAGGAAACCAGUAGAUUCUGUCCCAGUGGUGCAGCCAACAGAGAUCCACCUGGACAGUGAUACAGACGUGGAUGAUGAUGUUGUUGUGUCAGACAGUGCUACCAAUGUUACCUCCUUCGUAUCCGAUCCGGCUGAGAAACCAGACGAUCCUGCCCCUGCAGUGCCACCCGUAGAAUUCCACCCAGACACUGACACAGAUGUGGAAGAGGAGGACACAGACACACAUUCCAAAACAGUUCCAGAAUCAGAUUCUAGUGGGAUCAGAACAGGGAUUGCUGGUCCCCAGGAGAUCCUUUUGGACAGUGAUACUGAUGAAGAAGACAACCCGUUUACCCCUCCGGCCAGCAGCAGAACAGCGGAGCUCCUUAAUCCACCCACCAGUGUAGGACCUGCAGCUGCUGCUCCUCUGGAGAUCAGGUCUGACAGCGACACUGACUUAGAGGAAGACGCCACACAGACCAUGAACCUUUCUCCUCCUAAUGUUGCCACGGUAACAGAAGACGCGGGGUUGGCAUCUCGACAGGCCGUGCUUCCAUCACCCACAACAACGACAAUCGAUCUCAGGUCUCAGGACUCUGAUGCUGACACAGAUGCUGAGGAGGAGAGGUUGGAACCCAAACCCCCCCGGUGUCGGCCCCCAGCAGGGAUGGUCCCGGAGUCGGACCUCAGUGAGCCCAGUGACUUCAGGGUGGACAGUGAUACGGAGGAGGAUGGACCAGGAGAGGCAGGCCAGGGACAGACUGCAUGUCGGCUCAGAGAGGGGGCAGUUGGCCCUGGGCUGCUCCCCCUGGGAGGUUCCCCUGGCCCUCAUCAGAAGUGCUCCACCCCUUUGGCAUCGUCAGUACAGGAGGAGAUGGAGACUCAGGCCUUCUUCAGUCCCUCUGACUCCUUCAGACACCCAGCUCUCCAUCCUGUGCUGAGGCCUACAGCAGCAUUGUCCUGCUCUGCAUCAGACAGCCAGGAGGACGAUGACUUUGUGGUGGCCGAGACCCAGUCAUUUGUGUUGGAGGCCCAGAACCAGGGCCAUCAGAGCAGCCUUCCAGUGGAACCAACCCUGGAUGCUACGCAGCCCUACGGUCUGGAGCCUUUGUUGGGGGAGGACCGGGAGGAGCAGCCCAGCCGAGGCUCCUUCCAGCUGGGUCUAUCAGACAGCAGGGACCUCAGCCUCCAGGCCAGGGACCAGGCCUCAGAGAGCCCCCAGGCUUUCAGCUCCCCAGAUAGGGAUUCUGACCUGGAGGCCACCCAGACCUAUGGAUCUGGAGGGGGGAGCGAGGAGCCUGGCCUGGGCCAGAGGUCUGUGGUGUUCCGGAGGAACAGGCAGGUGGACUCUGCCCUGGAGGCAACACAGGCUUAUGCUGCCCAGCCUCGCAGUGACACAGAGGAGGAAGAGGAGACCCCCACCACGUCUAAUGUUGCUACGACUGAAACCCUGCCCAUGUCUGCCGAUGAGGAAGAGGAGGAAGGUUUGGUUGGGGCCAUGCCCUCAACCCCAGUAAGGAGAGGGAGAUCUGGAGGAGUGAGGGAGAGAAAGGAAGAGGAGCAGGAGACCCAGACUGGUGACGUGCUGAUCAACCAAUACCUCUCCACAGCUCAAACUCUGAACAUGGUCCAGGAGAGUGAUGAUGAGGAAGAAGCCAAACCAGACUCACCCAGAGGGAGAGGACAGUCCCAAGAACAGACAGUAGACGAGGAAGAGACACAGACUGUUUGCUCCUACCUCUCCACUGCUGAAACCCAGCCCAUGUUUACUGAUGCUGCUGCUGAGGAUGAUGACAAUGAGGAGGAAGAACUCAAACCUCCAUCACCCAGAAGGAGGGGAAGGUCCCAGAGAGGGAGAGUAGGAGAGGAGGAGACACAACCUAGUGAGUUCCUCACCAGCUCACACAUCUCCACCGCUGAAACUCAGCCUAUGGGUACUUGUCAUACUGAGGAAGAGGAGGACACCAAAGAUAAAGGACGGGCUCAGAGAGGGCGAGGGAAAGAAUCGGAGGCUGGGACAAGCGGUGUCAGCAGUAGAGGUAGAAGAGGAGCUAGAGGAGAAGAGGAAGAAGAGGAGAGCGCUGAGCCUCCAAAGACACAGACAAGACGGAAGGGGAAGGCUGUGAACACCGCAGGAGGCAGAGGGAGGAGAGGGAAGGGGAAGGCUGUGAACACCGCAGGAGGCAGAGGGAGGAGAGGGAAGGUGGUGCCUGAGGAGGGAGAGAGUGAGAAAGAAGAAGAGGUGGAGGUGGUUGAGCAAGGGAGAAGAGGAAGAAAGAGUGUGAAACAACAGAAAGAGGGAGAAAAAGAAAGACUUGAGAGGGAACAGAGAGAGGAGGAAGAGGGAAUAGAGAAGGAAAGACUUGAGAGGGAACAGAGAGAGGAGGAAGAGGGAAUAGAAAAGGAAAGACUUGAGAGGGAACAGAGAGAGGAGGAAGAGGGAAUAGAGAAGGAAAGACUUGAGAGGGAACAGAGAGAGGAGGAAGAGGGAAUAGAGAAGGAAAGACUUGAGAGGGAACAGAGAGAGGAGGAAGAGGGAAUAGAGAAGGAAAGACUUGAGAGGGAACAGAGAGAGGAGGAAGAGGGAAUAGAGAAGGAAAGACUUGAGAGGGAACAGAGAGAGGAGGAAGAGGGAAUAGAGAAGGAAAGACUUGAGAGGGAACAGAGAGAGGAGGAAGAGGGAAUAGAGAAGGAAAGACUUGAGAGGGAACAGAGAGAGGAGGAAGAGGGAAUAGAGAAGGAAAGACUUGAGAGGGAACAGAGAGAGGAGGAAGAGGGAAUAGAGAAGGAAAGACGAGAACAGGCUGAGAAGGAACGGUUGCAGAAGGAAAAAGUAGAAUCAGAAAGGGUUAUGAAGGAACAACAGGACAGAGAGAGGAUGGAACAGGAACUUAAAGAACAAGAUGAGAGAUUAGAGAGGGAGAGAGAGAAAAGAGAAGAAACAGGAAGGAUGGAGAGAGAGAAAAGAGAACAGGAGGAAAGAGAGCGGCUUGAGAGGGAAAGGAAGGAACGAGAAGAGCAAGAAAGACUGGAGCGAGAAAAGGAGAGAUUAGAGAGAGAAGAAAAAGAGAUAAUGGAGAGGAAAGAAAGAGAAGAGAGGAAAAGACUGGAGUGGGAGAAAAAAGAGAAGCAAGAAAAAUUGGAGCUAAAAAGCAUGGAAAGGGAAGCACUUGUGCGAUUGGAGCGAGAGAGGGUGGAAAGAGAGGAGAAAGAGAGAAUAGAGGGAGAACAAGCAGAAAAUGAAAGAUUGGAAAAAGAGCGUAAAGAGAUAUUGGAGAAGGAAAAAAUGGAAAGAGAAGAGAUGAAAAAACAGGAGCGAGAACGACUGAAGAAGAACAAGGAAGAGAAGGAGCGAUUAGACAGGGAAAUAAAGGAGAGAAACCUGAAAGAAAAACUGGAGAGGGAGAAGGAAAGAGAAAAGAGGGAAGCCGAGGAGAAAGAAAAGGAGAUUAAAGAACGACAAGCGAAGGAACAAGGAGAAAAACAAACAAAGAAAGACAACGAAAAUGAGCCAAAAACAUCCACUAGAGGUCGCAGAGCAAACACCAGGAGAACCGUCAUGGUUCCACCCACAACUGAACCACAAACUGAACCUGAUAUUCUGUCCAGCCAACCAGAACCAGUCCCAGCAAGUAUAACUAGGUCUCGCUCUAACUCUGUCAGCUCUGAGAGAUCCACCUCCAACAUAGGUACCCAGGGGAGCAGAGGGAGAGGGGGAAGGAAGACCACCAGCACCACAGAGUCUGCCCCUGGUCCAGACAACCCCACCCGCAAUAGCACCAGGAGACGGACGUUGGUCGGGACGGUUGUGGCUCCCCCUACUGCUGUGGAGGUCACAGUGCAGGACAUUCUCUCCAGCGAACAGUUUGUUGCCAGGAGAACCCGCUCUCGCUCCAGCUCCACCAACUCCCACAGCUCCCUCAACUCAGAGGUCUCCACCGGUAUCGCGGCUAGCGUGAGCUCUCAGAGCAAAGGGAGGGGAGGAGGGAGGAGGAAGACUGGAACAGAGUCUGUCUCUCCCAGUAACAGGCAGAGUGAGCAGCCUCCAGCCCCCAAGCCCACAGCCAGAGGCAGGAGAAGCCAGAAGGUUGAGGAUGAGGUUCCACACCCUGAGAUUAAUGAGAAGGCUGAUUCUCAGGAGGCUGGUGGUACCACUAGAGGGCAGAAGAAAACAGACAAAACCAAUGAGCCAGACCCUGUAGUAGCAGAUGAAGAAACCACUCCAGCCCAGGUAACAGAGGACUCCCCCGCUCCUAGAGGGAAUGGAAGAGGCCGGGGCCGAGGCGGCCAGAAAGACAACACACCUGAAUCCACCACUACAACAGCAGGAGGGGAAACUCAGAUUGAAGAGGGAGUGGGGUCUAAAACAGGUGGGAAAGGGAGGAAGAGGGGGCUGGAAGAGGAGGAGAGCAGUGAGUUCAAGGUUCCCCGGGGGAAAGCAAAGGUUCAGAGGGGAGGGAGACGCAGGGCAGCAGAGGAAGGAGAGAAAGAGGAGAAACCUGCAUCCACUCCAGCAAAGAGAGGCAGAGCCUCCACUGCACAGGUGAAAAAGAUAGCAGAGGAGGAGAAGAGUAUGGAGAGACAUAGUGAGAAGAUGGAAGAGGAAGAGGCUGGUGCUGUGCAGAGGAAAGUCCGAGGCAGGCAGUCGACGGUUCACAUAAAGAAAGAAGAGGAAUCUGUUUUGGACUCUAAUUCUGUGGUGCCCCAGACCCCUACAGGUAAGGGCAGAGGUAAGCGUAGGGCCCCUGUGGAAUCAUCACCGUUUGCCAAGACCCCUCGCUCCUCCUCUGCCUCUCCCCUGUCCUCUCUCUCCUCGCCUGGGACACUGGGCCGAGCUAGGGCCUCCACGCCGUCCUAUAAGGUGUUGUUUACAGGAGUGGUGGAUGAGGAGGGGGGAAAGGUGGUGUCUCGUCUGGGGGGCAGCCUGGCGAAGGGCGUGGCCGACAUGACCCACCUGGUGACUGACAGGAUCCGACGCACCGUCAAGUUCCUGUGUGCUGUGGCCCGUGGCGUGCCCGUCGUCACCACCGAUUGGCUGGAUAAGUGUGGUAAGGUGGGUAGUUUCCUACCUACUGACAGGUACCUGGUGAAGGACAGGGAGCAGGAGAACAAGUUCAGCUUCUGUCUGGAGGAAUCACUGAGGACCGCCAGCACUCAACCUCUACUACAGGGUUAUGAGGUCCAUGUGACCAGGUCAGUGUUGCCAGAGCCAGCCCAGAUGAAGGACAUCAUUGUCUGUAGCGGAGCUCACUUCCUCUCCAAGAUGCCCUCCUCUCAGAAGGCCCAGGCCCGGACCCUAGUGAUAUCAUGUGGGGAGGACUGGUCUCUCUGUGCUCCUGCACUCUCUGCUUCUCUCCCUGUCCUCAGUGCUGAGUUCCUGCUAACUGGUAUAUUACAGCAGAGAGUGGACCUGGUAACCCAUGUCCUCUCAGCCCCCAAACCCAGGGCCCUCUCAGCCCCCAAACCCAGGGCCCAGCCAGGAGCCAAAGGCCAGGCUAGUGGCAGGAAGAGAACGUAACAGAAAAACAAAAUUCACCUGGGUGGUAUUCAUUAGUGCAUACUGUAGCAAAACAUGCAACAGAAAACAAAAACUAGUGUUGGAGAAGUUCAGGUAAACCCUCCCUGUUUUAGUCUGUUUUCUUCCGAUAGGUGAAUAUGACCCUGUCCAGGGAGAAGGCAUUACAGUUCCAGAGAAGACCGCAGACAGACGACACCUGUGUGUGUGUGUGUGUGUGUGUGUGUGUGUGUGUGUGUGUGUGUGUGUGUGUGUGUGUGUGUGUGUGUGUGUGUGUGUGUGUGUGAGAGAGUAUGCAGCACCCACCUCCACCUGUAUAGAGAACAGUAGCAGGACCAGGCCUCAGAGGAGUGGUAACUACAGUACUACUACCCUGGAGGGGCUGGAGACCAUUAGACACCUGAGAGGGGGGAGAAUGAGGAUUCGGAUGUAAAGGAGACAGUGAUAGCAUCCCAAAUGGCACCCUAUUGCCUACUUUUGACAAGAGCCCUGCACUAUGUAGGGAGUAGAGUGCUAUUUGGGACACCAAUGUAAAAGGCUGGUGAGAGGAGAUAUCCACCUGUAUGACCAACUAGACAAGAUAGUUGAGAAUGUAUUCACACAGAUACGAAGACAAACAAACCCAAGAUAUGGAAAUCUAUUCCUAUGUUCGAGGGUAGAGAAUACAUGCAGAGAAAUGCUCGGAAUAGAUUUGUUUAUAAAAAAAAAUGUAAAUAUGAGGUAAGAGAGAAGAGAGAGAGCAAUACAUGAGAUAAUUUACUGCCUAUCACAGUGAUAUUUAUUUUAUCUGUCUCUUCCCUCCUUCUCCUGAUCCUUCAUCUACAGUUGAAGUCGGAAGUUUACAUACACCUUAGCCAAAUACAUUUCAACUCAGUUUUUCACAAUUCCUGACAUUUAAUCCUAGUAAAAAGUUCCUGCCUUAGGUCAGUUACGAUCACCACUUUAUUUUAAGAAUGUGAAAUGUCAGAAUAAAAGUAGUGAUUUAUUUCAGCUUUUAGUUCUUUCAUCACAUUCCCAGAAGUUUACAUACACUCAAUUAAUAUUUGGUAGCAUUGCCUUUAAACGGUUUAACUUGGGUCAAACGUCCCCAGGUAGCCUUCCACAAGCCUCCCCUGGCCCAUUCCUCCUGACAGAGCUGGUGUAUGAGUCAGAUUUGUAGGCCUCCUUGCUCGCACAUGCUUUUUCAGUUCUGCCCACAAAUGUUCUAUGGGAUUGAGGUCAGGGCUUUGUGAUGGUCACUUCAAUACCUUGACUUUCUUGUCCUUAAGCCAUUUUGCCACAACUUUGGAAGUAUGCUUGGGGUCAUUGUCCAUUUGGAAGACCAAUUUGCGACCAAGCUUUAACUUUCUGAUGUCUUGAGAUGUUGCUUCAAUAUAUUCACAUAAUUUCCCACCUCAUGAUGCCAUCUAUUUUGUUAAGUGCACCAGUCCCUCCUGCAGCAAAGCACCCCCACAACAUGAUACUGCCACCCCUGUGCUUCACGGUUGGGAUGGUGUUCUUCGGCUUGCAAGCCUCCCAUUUUUCCUCCAAACAUAACGAUGGUCAUUAUGGCCGAACAGUUCUAUUUUUGUUUCAUCAGACCAGAGGACAUUUCUCCAAAAAGUACGAUCUUUGUCCCCAUGUGCAGUUGCAAACUGUAACCUGGCUUUUUUUAUGGCGGUUUUGGAGCAAUGGCUUCUUCCUUGCUGAGCUGCCUUUCAGGUUAUGUCGAUAUAGGACUCGUUUUACUGUGGAUAUAGGUACUUUUGUACCUGUUUCCUCCAGCAGGGUCCUUUGCUGUUGUUCUGGGAUUGAUUUACACUUUUCGCACCAAAGUACGUUCAUCUCUAGGACACAGAACGCUUCUCCUUCCUGAGCGGUAUGACGGCUGUGUGGUCCCAUGGUGUUUAUACUUGCGUACUAUUGUUUGUACAGAUGAACGUGGUACCUUCAGGCAUUUGGAAAUUUCUCCCAAGGAUGAACCAGACUUGUGGAAGUCUACAAAAAAAAAAAUUCUGAGGUCUUGGCUGAUCUCUCUUCAUUUUUCCAUGAUGUCAUGCAAAGAGGUACUGAGUUUGAAGGUCGGCCUUGAAAUACAUCCACAUGUACACCUCCAAUUGACUCAUGAUGUCAAUUAGCCUAUCAAAAGCUUCUAAAGCCAUGACAUCAUUUUCUGCAAUUUUCCAAGCUGUUUAAAGGCACAGUCAACUUAGUGUCUGUAAACUUCUGACCCACUGGAAUUGUGAUGCAGUGAAUUAUAAGUUAAAUAAUCUGUCUGUAAACAAUUGUUGGAAAAAUUACUUGUGUCAUGAACAAAGUAGAUGUCCUAACCGACUUGCCAAAACGAUAGUUUGUUAACGAGAUUUGUGGAGUGGUUGAAAAAUGAAUUUUAAUGACUCCAACCGAAGUGUAUGUAAACUUCCGACUGCAACUGUAUACUGAUUAAUAGCCAUCCUCUCGCCUUUGUAUAAAGAUAACAUAUAUAUGUGUUUGUCUAUUGCGCGAGGGUAAUGUUGAAUAUACCAGGUCUUCACUAGCUGUGAUUGCUGAGGGGACAUUUCUUCAAUCUUAGAGAAAGGACUGAACUGAUUGUUUUAAUGCUGCUCGUCCAUCUACAUCUUUGUAUGUAGGAGUUAAAUGUGUCUUUAUUUACCGACCAAUAAACCUUUCAUACUGAACUUCUGA